GCCAUGUCUAACACACCUUCCCUUAAUAUAGCCUUAAUCGCCGAACAACGGUCGACCUUCCACAAGCAAGGUUAUUCAGAAGAAGAAUGUGCGGCUUUACCACACAACGGUGAAACCGAUACUGUUUUGACUACACUGCGAGAACUUGGCCAUCAUGUUAUACUAGUGCCAGGAAUCCAUUCCCUUGUCAAACACCUAGCGGCUGGCACAUAUAAGGAUUGGGAUCUGGCAUUUAACAUGGCACAAGGCUUUCAUGGGCCAUCCAGGGAAGCCCAGGUUCCGGCGCUGUUAGACGCCUACCAAUUGCUUUACACUUUUUCUGACGCUGCCACGAUGGCACUUUGUCAGAAUAAGGUCUAUACUAAGACUAUCCUGACUCAUCAUAACAUACCCACAGCUCCCUUCUGGGUAAUCUCACGAAAGGAUCAGGAACUGAGGCUUGAGAAUCUUAACAAUAUGUUAUCGCACUAUCCACUCUUUUUGAAGCCAGUUAUAGAAGGAUCUUCUAAGGGGAUCGACGGAUUUAACAAAGUGACAGACCCUGCAGAGUUAGUAUCGGCAGUCAAUAGGCUAAGAUCAAUAUUACCCGACCAAGAUAUCUUAGUGGAACCUUUUCUGCCUGGACGGGAGCUUUCAGUGAGCAUUUUAGGAACUGGUGUCCAGAGUCGUGUGAUUGGCGUAACAGAGUUACUGUGGCAAAAUCCCUCCAGCGACAGUAACAGGGGAAGUGGAAGUUCCAGCGGUUUAGAGUUUGCCAGCAGAUUAAGCAAGGGUAGCGACACAAAUAUGCUGGUAGCAUGCAAUAACCCUGGACUUAUGACUGAACCACAGGUCAAGAUUGCCUGUCAGGUUGCAUUGGACGCUUGGAGGACUCUUGGCUGCCGCGAUGCUGGACGUGUCGAUAUUCGAUUUAGCUCCAAUGAGCAGGAUGCUGUCCCUAAUAUUCUAGAGCUUAAUCCUAUUUCCGGCCUUCUUCCCGGCCAUUCUCCGUUGGCGAGCAGUGCCGAAGAAAAUGGGAUCCCGUACAAAAGCUUGUUGGCAGCAAUCAUCCAGAGUGCUCUCGCCGGAAGGUCUGCUUGCUAUUCUUAG